AUGAAUAUUAACAAUUAUGAAGAAAAAAAUAUGAACAGUUCAGGUGAAAAAAAAAUAAAUAUUAAAAUUGGUGAUCUGGCUAGCCAUAAUUCAGGUAAUUUUGAUGAAGAAAAAAAAAUGAGUGUACAUAAAAAUUUAAUUGUUAACAUGAGUAAUAUUUCUAAAGAGAUACAAGAAGACGAAUGUAAAAUAGAAGAGUUAGAUAGUGUUGUUAUAAACGAUAUAGAUAUGAUAAAUUCUUUACAAAAUGAAAACAUAAUAGGGAUGGAUAAAAAAUAUGAUAUGAGAAAAGAAAAAGAUAUGUGCUUGAUUAAUGAUAAAUAUAGUUAUUCUUUUGAUAAGGAUGAAAAAAAGAAUAAUAUUGAUAAUAUACACAAUAUUCACAAUAUGAGUAAUAACAAUCAUAUAAUGACACCAAAUGUAUAUAAACAAAAUAUGAAAAAUAUGGUAAGCAAUUCGACACAUAUAGAUAGUACAGAAAUUUUUUCCUCUAAAAUUAUUAAAGAGGAAGAACAUAAUCAUGAUAAUAAUGAGUGUGAUAAAAAUGUUCAUAUAUUAAAAUAUCCUGAACAUAAUAAAACUAAAGAAGUGGAUAAUAAUUUGUCCAUUCAAUAUUUGAAUUCAUGUAAUAUAAGUAAUAAUAUUAAUAAUAGUGAGUUACAUUUAUCAAGCAUAUUUGAUAAAGAAAGGGAUGAAAUGAAUUAUAUCAAUGCAAACUGUCAGGAUAAAUCUGAUCAUAUGGAUGACAUGAAAUUGGAAAAGAGCAUAAUAAAUAAAGAUAAUUCAAAUGAUUCAUAUGAUUCAUAUGAUUCAUGUGAUUCAUAUAAUAAUAAUAUUUUUUCUGAACAAAAUGGAAUACUGCAUAAUAAUGGUAAUGAUAUAGAAUAUCCCAAAAAUUUUGAUGAAUAUAAUAAAAAGGAAAAUAUAAUAGAAAUCGAACGAAACGAAGAAAAGUCAAAUAAAUAUAAAGAUAACUUAAUUUUAUUUAAUGAGCUCUUAAAAUAUAAAGACGAAUUGAAUUAUUUGAAUGAACAAAAAGUAAAUGAAGAAAUAGAAAAAAUAAAUAAUUGUUUUUUAAAUGACAAAAUGGAAUAUAAUAUUGGAAAUAAAAAGGAACAUAAAAAUUAUUUAGAUAAAAAAAAUGAUAAAGAUCUCAAUACAAAAAAUAUAAUGACUUAUGAUUUGUGGAAUAAUGAUAAGGAUAUAAAUACAUCUCAUUCUUCCUAUAACAAAAGUAAUAAUAUGAGUUCUAGUGUUAUAUAUAAAAGUAAUAUACAAGAUGAUAUAUCAAAAAAAGAAAAAAAACAAUAUUUUGAUGUCAAAAGAUUGAAAAAAGAUAAAUAUGAUGAUAAUAUAAUAUAUAAUGUAAAUAUGGAUCAUUUAAAUAAAGAUGCAUAUAUGGAUAAAAAAAAUAAAAGUGAAGAAGAAAAAAUAUUCCAUGUUGAAGAUAUGAAACAACAAAGUGAUUUAUAUAUUCCUAUAGAACAUAAUGAAACUAAAAAUGUAGAGAUGAAGAUACAUAUAGAUUUUAAAAAUAUAUAUUUUGUUAAGUAUAAAUAUAUAAAAUGUUUAGUAAUGAAUAAUUCUGGUACUAUUGUUCAUUCAUUUAUUUUUCAUAAAAAUCUAAUAGAUCUAGAUAAAGAAAAUAAUAUUUUAAAAAUAUUAAAUAAAGAAAAUACAAAGAAUAGGAAAUCAAAUAAUGAUAUUAACAGAUUGGUUGAAGAAUUGAAGAGUAUAAUUUUUACAGACGUAUCUUUUGAACUUUCUUUUGAGGCAAAAAUUGAUAAAGGAAGGGAAAUCAUCUGUCCGUCUAAGUUUUAUAGACUGAGUUUUUAUGGAAUGGAAGAGAAAAAUAAAAAGGAAGAACAAAAGAACAAUGAUGUUUCAUCAAAAAAUGAGAAAAAUAUAAAGUAUGAAAAAGAUAAAAAAUUAAAUAAAAAUAUUUAUAAUAACGAGGAAAAUUGUAAGAUAAAUUAUAAAAAGAAAUAUAAUUAUAUGAAGAAAAAAAACAACGUGUCAAAUAAUAAUGAUAAUAGUAAGGAGAAAGAUAAAAUUGAGAAGAAGGGGAAAUUAUAUUAUAUAGGAUUUACUAUUCUUCAUUUAAAUUAUUUAUAUCAACUACAAAAAGAGGGAUAUGUACAUUUAAAUAUAUCUGAUAAGAAGAAUGAAGAUUUUAAUUUUAUAGAACAUUAUAAGAAAGAAGAUUAUGCAUAUUAUAUGGAUAAUAAAAUAGUUGCACAUACAAUUUGUAAUAAUAUAAGUUAUAUGGAAAAAAUUAAUAUGUUAUUUAAAAUAUUAUAUAAUCAUAGUUUGAAUAUAUCUACUUGUAAAAUAUUUUUCAAAUAUCGUUUUUCAAAAAUUGAAGAAAACAACCAUUUAUUUAAUAAUAUAGAUAAUAUAAAAAAAAAAAAUAAAACAAUAAUAAGUAAUCAUAAAAAUAUAGAAUUAAAAUAUAUUUUAGAUAUUCUUCAGAAAAAUAAUUAUUCAAAUCUAAAUCUUAAAAACUGUAUAGAACAAUGUUUAAAGAAUUAUUAUACCAGCUGUUCAAAAUCAAUAUAUGAUGAUAUUAGUUUUAAAUUAUUUGACAAGGAAUAUUCAAAGGAAUAUAUACACAACAAUACUAUUAGAAAGAAUAAUAAAGAAAUAAAUAAUGAAUGUUUCAAUUUACCUUUUUUCUUUUCUAAUAUAUCGAAUGAUAUAAAGGUCAAUAAUUCAUUUUUGAAAAAUAUAAAUUUUGUUAAUGUAUUUGAUAAUUUACAAAUAAAUGAUCAUCAUGAAGAACAAAUAAAUGAUCAUCAUGAAGAACAAGAUAAUUGUUAUUAUAAAAAUAUGAAAAAUAUAGAUCAUCUGAAAAAAAUGAAACACAAUGAUGACACAAACAUGAUAUAUAAACUAAUCCAUGUUCAAAAGGAAGAGCAGGAGGACAUGAAUACGAAUAAAGAACAAUUAUCAUCUCAUCACAAAUUUUGUGAUAAUAUGUUGAAUAAAUUACAAGAAAAUGAUCUAAGAAAAUUACCAAAAAAUGUAAUAGAUUACAUUUUAAAAUUAUAUAAUAUAAAUAUGGAAAAGGAUAUAAAGAUUGAAAAACUAGAACACAUUUUGCUUAAAUACACAAACGGCAUUAAUAAUUAUUUUGACUAUAUAGAAUAUACAAAAAAUAAUAAAAUGUAUAAAAUAUAUGAAGAGAAUAAAAAAAUGAAGAAAUAUAUAAAGGAUUCAAAUAAUUUUUUUAUACAAGCUUUAAUAGAUAGUCAUACUGAAAUCCAAAAGGUUAAGCAUAGUCUAAAAACCAUGAAUAUUUUAUAUAAUAAGGAAAAGAUGAAUAAUCAUCAAGAAAAUAAAAAAGAAGAUAAAGAUAAAAAAAUUAAUGUGAAAGAACAUCUAUAUAACAAUCUAAAUAAUAAAAAUGAAUAUUUGUCUAAGAUAAAAAAAAAAGAAAAAAAAAGAAAUGAAGACACUUAUAAUUUUAAUGAUAAAAUAGGAUCGUCAUUAUACUUAUCUUCACGAUCAGUAUCUUUGUUAUCACCAGAAUCUUCUUUAUUAUCAUCCUCAAUAUCAACAUCUCAUAAUAAAAAGAAACUUUUUGAUGAUGAAUAUUUUAUACGUAACAAAAAUGUCAACGAGAAAAAAAAAAAAAAAAAGCGGGAGGACAGUUCAGACAAAUGUAAUAAUAUUAUAAAAAAUAUUGAUGGAUAUACAUCCGAGUAUAUUCCCAACUAUACAAAGAAAAGAAAUAUAAUAAUAAAGUAUAAGAAGAAUGAGGAGCUCAAAAAUAAAAAUGAUAAAAUAAAUGAUAAAAUAAAUAAAAAUAUUAAUAAAAAUAUAAAUGAUACAUUAAUGACAAGGGGUAAAAAUAAUAAAUCCAUAAAUGAAAAUAUAAUGUUAAAUAAAAGAAAUGAUACAAUUUUUGGAAAAUCUUUAUUAUCUCUAAAUAUAUACAAUCCAUAUAAUAAUAAUUAUUAUUAUAACCAUAAUAGUGGUGAUUUUAAAGAAUAUCCUUCUUCUUCUUUUUUAUCAAACAUAAGUUAUUUAAGAAAUAGAAAAGAAAAAAAAAAUGUUGAAGAAACCAACCAAAAGACAGAAAAGGACAAAAGUGAACUUUAUACAAAAAAUAUGAACCAAAAAAAAACAUUAAUAAAUAAUAAUUCUAAAAGUUAUAAAAAUGGUGUUGUCCAUAAAUAUUCUUUUAAUCAUAAUGGGAAUGAAAAAAAUGUUAAAAAAGACUAUUUAUAUUCAUUUUAUUCCAAUCCUAUAAUAGCUAGCCAAAAUACAUUAGAAAAAAAAAUUAAAAAAAAAAUUCUGAACACUAGCCAAAAAAAUGAAAAAAAACAUGACCAUACAUGUGAUAUUGAAAAAAAAAAUUAUGAUAUGAUUUAUGCUGAUAAGAGUGAUACUACUAAUGGAUUGAAUAUUGCAUCCAAUCAAUUAAAGAAUAUGUUUAAUAUUAAAAAGAAAGAUAUCGACGAGAAGGAGAAAAGAAGAAGAGAACAAAAUUUUAAAUUAUUCUUUUCAAAGAUUAAAGGAGAACCGAAUAGAAUAGAGGAAGAGAAAAAAAAUAAAGUAGACGAUAAAAAAAAUAAAGUGGACGAAAAAAAAAAUAAAGUAGACGAAAAAAAAAAUAAAGUAGGCGAAAAAAAAAAUAAAGUGGACGAAACAAAAAACAAAGUAGACGAAAAAAAAAACAAAAUGGACGAAACAAAAAACAAAGUAGACGAAUCAAAAAACAAAAUGGACGAAAAAAAAAACAAAAUGGAUGAUAAAUUAAAUGAUGAAGAAAUUGUAAAGAAAAGAUUGAAUAGAAAAGGAGAGGAUAAAAAAUUGACAAGUAGUUGUAUAAAAGAGAAAGUAAAUCAAUUUGAAUAUUAUAAUAAUGGUGACAGUAACAUGAAUAAAAGUAAGAAUCAUUAUAAUAUAUUAAAAAAAAACCAAAAGUUUGACAAGAAUAUAUAUACAUUGGAUGAACGCUAUAAUCCUUUUAGUAAUAUUAAUAGAAUAAUAUUGCCUAAUAAAACAACAGAAGAUAAAAAGAAUGGAAGGGAUUCACAGAAAGAUAUUAAUAAAUAUGAUCGUAUGUUAUCAAAUGGAAGUAUUAUAAGUGUGACUAAAAAGAAAGAAAAAGACAAAAAUAAUUAUGAUACAAGUGAAGUGUUAAAAAAAGAAUAUGUUGAAAGUUUUAAGAAUAUAUGUGUAAUAAAUAAAGAUAAAAAAGAUAAGGGAAUAGAUUCCAAUAAUUUAUUGUGUAAUAGAAAAAAUCAAAUAGGUGAGUAUGUUACGUCAUUUAAUAAUUUAAAUCUUAAUAAGAAACAAACAACAUUAUCAUCGUGUCAAGAAAAAAAAAAGACAUCAAAUGUAUUAUGUAAUAGUCGUAAUAAUAUAACUCGUGAUAAUAAUAUAUAUACUAUAAAUUUUAAUAGUAAUAUAAAUAAAAAGAACAAUAAUGAUGAUACAGAUAAUAUUCAUAAUAAUAAUAUGAACGGUAUGAUAAAUAUUAGUACUAGUGAACACAUGAAAGAUAUUAACUAUAAGAAGAAAUUUAUAGAGGAUGCUAUAUCUUCUUAUGAUGAUAAUAUGAUAGAUGAUAGAAAAAUAAAAAAUAAAAUAAAUGAGCAUAUUAUAAUAUCACCAACAAAUAAUAAUAAUACAAAUGAAUUAUCUGCAAGUACUAAAAUAAUAAAUAAAAAAUAUAUACAACAACAACCAUUUGACAAAUUCAAUUGUAAAAAAAGUUGGAAUAUAAUAAAUGAAAAUAUAGAUAAUAAUGAUCAAAAAAUAAAUAAAUUAAAACAUGAAAUAAAUAUUACAGAUAAUAAAAAAAAUGCCCUUCUUAAAAAAAUAAAAAGAAGAAACAAUAUUAAUUCAAAUAUGUGUGGAAAAAAUAAAGAUGAUAAUAACAAUAAAAAUUAUGAUAUUCAUAAAGGUAAUAAUGAUAAAGGUAUUAUCAAAGAAACUGAGCAUAUAUCUGCAAAUCAAAAUUCAAAAGAUUCAUAUAUAUUAAAUAUUAUAAAUAAAAAUUUAAAUAGGUCUUUCAGUCAACUCGAUAAAAUAAAAAAAAAAAUGGAUGAGCACUUAUUCAUGUAG